GUUAUUCACCGCCAUUAUUUACGUGAAAUUUCUUUAUUUUUAUUCAUUUUUUGCGUCAAAUCCUCAAAUUAAUUCAUUAAUUCACGAAAAAUCAACAAUUUAAAAGGAAAUAACUUUCCGCCCUUGGCCCACACGACCCAAGAUGCGUUCACAACAAAUUGUAAUGGAAGAUGAAAUCACAAAAUACGUCUCUGGCUGCAACAAACGCUCAUCAGAUAACUUUUUCAAGACAAGCGUCGGCUACGAAAAACGAAUUUUCGACACAAAACGCGAAAUGGAGGAAAAACUGAAAAAACUCGAGAAGGAAACUUCCGAAAAAGUCGAACAAUGCAAGGAAAUGGAGCGCGUUCUCAAGGGAUACAAAGAAAAAUUGUCAGAAACGCAACAAAAAAUCGCCGAGGAACGUUCUUCAGCGGAACAGGACAAAGAAAGGCUCCGUCGUCGCUACGAACGAAAGAUAGAAGAUCUCGAGGAGCAGUUAAAAACAAAAAAUUCCGAGAGAAAAUCCUCAGAUUCGGGCUCCGACACCGGAUUUGAGCUCGUUCGAAAGCUCCAAGCGCUCAAAAAAAGCUUAGAUAACGGAGAUUUGAGUCGCAAAUCAUCCGAAAAUGAAGAAAACGCAGGAUUUCGAACCGCAAAUGCGAGUUUUCACUCCGUGCUGCCCGAAGAAGAGCCCCAUGACAUCAACGAAUUGAUUGAAAAGAUCGAUAAACUCAUAAAUUCGGGAAAUACGGAAUUUAGCGUGAACGCGUACGAGAAACAAAUCACAAAACUCGAAAAGGAACUCGCGGCAUCGCGCGAACAGAGCAUUGUCGAUCGUCAAUCAGCGCGUCAGGCACAUUUGCAACUCUGGAAACUCGAAAAACAAAUAAGCGAAUUAGAAAAUGAGAAAAAAACGAUCGCCAGACGUGUUGAAUAUGCCAAUGACAAGGUCAAGGCCAUGAAAGAAGAAGCGGAUGGCUUUCAACUGAAGCUGGAGAACACAAAAGAGCUCGUUGCGGUGAAGGAAAAUGUCAUCAAAGACCUGAAUCACACAAUUCGGGAGCUGAAACACGACCGGCAACUCGAAAGAAAUCUCCGAAUUAACUACGAAAAGGAGUGCGUUCGUCAAAAAUCCGAAAUUUUGGAGCAUCAGGCGAAAAUUAAGUCGUUGGAGGAGAUGUUAGAGUCAAAUACGCGCAUGUUGAACGAGGUUCAGCAGAAAAAUGACGAUUUAAUUGCCGUUCAGGACAAACUCAAGUACGAGUUGGAGCAAAAAAUGAGCACUUGCAGUCUUGCCAACACAAUAACUGCCGACAAAAAUCGCGAAUUGGUGACUUUGCAACGGAAUUACGACGUUUUGCGCAAAGCCUGCGCCAUCACCGACAAACAAAUCUCCGAACUCGAGUCAAAACUCAAGGCAGAAGAUGCCGCACGUCGUAUCGACGCGAAAAAAAUCAAAGAAUUGCAGGAAAUUGUGUCGAAACGCAACACGGAACUGCAUUCGAUGCGACGCGAACUCACCGAGGAACGCGAUGCGCGGCAACGAGCCGAAAGUUCCGCGGAAAAACUCAAAGAAGAGUUGCAAGAAGCACGAAAAAUCCGCGAACAACAAACCGAACAAGCCUUGGAGCUGAGCAAAGGUAUUAAGGAUAUCACGAAUCAGGCGAUGGAACAUGAACAUCGCAUAAAAACCCUCAUCGAUCAGCUGCAGUCCUUGAAAUCGACAAAUUCGGCGAACGAAAAGCAAAUUAUGUUCCUGAAAGAGGACAACACGAAAAUUCUCAGCGAUCUCUUCCUUGCACGCGAGGAAAUCCAAGACCUGAAAUGCCAGCUGGACGAUUACAACUUGGAAAUGAACAAUUUGAUGCAGGAACUGAAUGUCAAGGAAGGCAUUCUGAUGGAGCAGAAAAAUUGUCAGACCCAAAUGGAGAUCAAGUCGACGUCGACAAUUGCGCAGUGCAAAAAAUUAAUUGAGCAUUUGCAACAUGAGGUGAGCAAAAAGAAGAAAAAUCGCACGUUUGCGGAAAAAAUCUUGGGAAUUGAUCCGCCUUCGAGUCAGGCCAGCAGCAAGUGACUUCUGGGAUACGCACUCCAUUUACUUAAGACGCACACAAUUUUUACUUUGACAAGCACUCCAACUUACAAUUAUCCGAGAAAUAUUAUUAUUUAAUCAUGAAAUGUACUUUUUAUAAGAGAGACGAAUAAAUAAAAGAUAUU